AUGGCUGAUAAGAGACGAAUAAAUGGACCUCCUGGGAGCACACGACCACCAGUGUUUGCGUCAUCGUUACUUUCCUCCGACGGCCAACGUUCAGUCGCUCUCGAGCGCCCCAUACGUACUAGAAAACCAGACGAACUGAGAAAAAUAUUUUUAAAGACGGGUCUGAUCCCAUCCGCUUCUGGGUCCGCAUACCUUGAAUUUCAGCCCUCCGCAAUCCUCCACCGGUCGAAAUCGAAAACGCUCAUUCCCCCAUCCUCCUCUCUAAAACUCACUUGUUCUGUCCAUGGACCAAAGCCUCUCCCCCGCUCAGCACCAUUCUCCCCCAACCUCCUCCUCUCCACACAUGUGAAAUUCGCACCAUUUGCAUCCCGACGAAGGAGGGGUUAUAUCCGGGAUGUCAAUGAGAGGGAUCUUGGCGUACACCUCGAAACUGCUUUGAGGGGAGUUAUAAUAGGGGAAAGAUGGCCAAAGAGCGGGCUGGAUAUCACAGUGACGGUACUAGAGGGGGAAGACGACCGUUGGUGGGGCGAUGUUCUGUCCUCCGGCCCACUGGGAGGUAUAGAUGGUUGGGGUUUGAUGAAUGUUCUCGCGGGUUGCAUCACCGUCGCCUCAGCAGCAAUUGCUGACGCUCGGAUAGAUUGCAUGGAUCUUAUUACUGGCGGAAUUGCUGCUUUUGUGGAGAACCCGGACGUUGACACUUCAGAGAGAGCAAAUACCUCGUCCAAGAAAGGCCGUGGCCAGUCGCUAGUAUUGGAUCCGGACCCGUCCGAACACCAAGUAAUUGUGUCCGCCUGUGUUGUGGGAUACAUGCCAUCCCGCGACGAGAUUACCGAACUAUGGCUCAAGGGCGACACCUCAAAUAUAUCCGCUGGGUUGCAGAGUCCAUCCGCAAGUCAUGAAGCGCUAAUAGAUGCAGCUGUUGACGCGGCGCGGGGAGCACAGGCCGUUCUUGCGGAAGCUGUUAGAGAGUCAGCGGAGCGUUUUGCUAUACACGCAGGCAAAAAGCUAGCUUUGUCUGCCCCGGAUACAGAAGAUGUUGAAAUGAAGUUAUAG